CAAUUCCAGGUGGACCGAUCCAAGGUGGACCGAUCCAAGGUGGACCGAUCCAAGGUGGACCGAUUCCAGGUGGGCUUCAAAGCGGCCCUAUACCUGGAGGUCUACCUCCUCCGGGAGCGAUUCCACCAGGAGCUGGACUUCAAAUGGCGCCUCUUGCAAGACCAAAUCGUGCUGCUUCGCUAACAUACAAUUGUGAUUUUCAUGAUCAUCAAUGCACACGUUUAACUAGCUGCACAUAUUUUGAGAAUUUAAUUCAGAAAGGUGUCGAUGCAUUGACAGUUGGUCAAGAGUUAAGGAGACUGUUUUGCGGUUUCGAUGGAUUCGAUAUUUUGAUUUGUUGCCCAUUAUCCAGUCUAAACCAUUCGUUUUCAACAAUUCCACCGAUGAUUGAAAUACAUCCAGCGUACGAUGAUGGUUUUGCAAAUAGUCAUGGCAUUGUUUUUGCCAGCAUGAAUUCUCACGGUCCGAUUUCGCAGCCAAUCCCAAUUGCACCAAGCCACAUUCCAAAACCAGGGGAUUCUUCGUUACAAUCUUCUGAUGUUAACAAUGUUUUAGAUUUCAAUUCAAAUUAUUCGCCAUACAACCCAGUUCCAUCACCAGUACAUGAAGUACCAGCAAAGCCUCAAUCAUCAUUUUCGUCAUCUGGUUUUACUUUUGCUCCGUUACUGGCGGCAACUUCACUUCCGGCGUCAUCACAACCAACCGUCAACUCCACCUCUUAUCAAAUGAGUAUCAUCAAUUCGAUGAUUCAAGAAGAAAAUCACAAACCGUCAUCAUCAACAGUGCCAUCGGUCAUACAACAAUCGCCAAUUUCAAGCCCAAAUCAUCAAUAUUUUAGAUCCCAAUGUGGCAUCACCAAUUAUACGUCAUCACGUGUCGUUGGCGGAACAAUCACUCAAAUUGGUCAAUAUCCAUGGAUCGCUGCACUUGGCUAUAGCUUACCGAAUUUAACCACAAAUGGACUACAAUUCUAUUGCGCUGGAUCAUUGAUAACAAGAUCGCACAUAUUAACAUCGGCACAUUGCAUAAGCCCUUUUUUGCGAGUCGCGAGGUUAGGUGAAUAUGACUUGUCAAGAGAAAAUGAUGGAGCGAACCCAAUAGAUUUCGGGAUUGAACGGACUAUAGUUCAUGAAGAAUAUUUGCCCGAUAUCAUUUUAAACGAUAUUGCCAUUUUGAAGCUGAAACGUCAAGCUCCGGUUAAUGAUAAAAUUCGACCAAUUUGCUUGCCAUUAUUCGAACCACUACGUUCAGCCGAUUUGACCGGGUAUACGCCAUUUGUCGCAGGUUGGGGAUCCACAUUUUUCCAAGGGCCACAAUCAUCAAUUCUACAAGACACACAAGUUCCGAUCGUUUCAACUGGCGAAUGUGAAAAAAGUUACAAAGCCAUAUUUUCAACGCAAGUUUUUGAUAAUCGAAUCAUUUGCGCUGGAAAUGGUGCACAUGAUGCAUGCCAAGGUGAUUCUGGCGGUCCCUUAAUGGUUUCAGAAAUGUCCGAUGGUGAUGCUGGUUUCCAUUAUGUAUUAGUCGGAAUCGUUUCCUAUGGGUAUGAGUGUGCAAGAGAUGGAUUUCCUGGAGUCUACACGAGAAUUUCAACAUUUCUGCCGUGGAUUCAGCGCAAUUUGUCAUGAAAAACCAGUCUCCCUAGAGUCUUACUCACAUUAGUAAUAAGAAAAUAUUUGUUAUUUCAUGUGUACAGAACAAGCGGAAUAAUAAAGUCGAUUGAACAAAAUAGACAUUGAUGUAAUGUGUAUGUCAUAUGAUGAAAUAGUUUGGUAUGGCUAUAUUCGGUUGUUUGUUAAAAAAAUAAAAGGGGGCUCGUCUACGAUGACGACAAUGACAAAAGAGCUUGCGGGAAGUUCAAAGUCUUCAUUUAAUUUGCUGCGAGACAUUUCGAUUUUGCCUACGAAAACAAUUGAUGCAUUGUCGCGUGGCGCAAAACGGUUCGUCAAAAUAGCUCAUGGAUACCGUAAAAAUGUCACCAAAUCGCGCGCGAAUGACUCCGGAGCAAGUAUA